ACUUUGAUUCACAAAAAUUUAAUGAUUAAAAUAAAAAAGCAAAGUUAAGGAUAAAAAUAUUUAUUUACGAAAAUAUUGCCGUGCGAGAGGAUUUACUAUAAACAGAACAAAAUAUUGUAAGUAACCAAAAAGAGGUUAUGUAACAUAUUACUUUUAAAUUGAAAUUUCUGAAUGAAAAAUUACUGAAGGAAAAUUUCUGAAUAUGAUGGCCCAAGCGAAUGAUGGUUCAGAGAAUAAAAAUGUAUCAGAGGAAGGAAACAAAGUCGUGAAAGAUGAAACGAGCCCCUCAGAAGCUGAUGCUGAGAAUGAUAUCGAAGUUAAUAUAGAAGAGAAAUACCUUAUUAGGGAUUGUGAAGUAUACAGUGAUGAAUAUGAUGAAUGUACAAGCUUCCGAGCGCGAUUUCACCAGUACUUUAUAUAUGGUGAAACACUAGAUUGUAACCAGUGGAAAAGAGAUUACGAUAAUUGUUGUAAAUGGGUAGAGAAUGAGGAUAAGAAAGCAGCAUCUGCGUUAAUAAAAAGUGAAAAGGACAGAAGAAUGGCAAGAUUACGAGCCCAUUAUAGAAAUGAUAUUUGGAAAAAACGAGACACACCACCCGAAGACUGGUCAGCUCCUCUACCUGAGUGGAUGGCUAAGAGGGACGAAAACACAUACCUAGCAAAGAGAGCACAUGAAAUAAGAGAAGGGACGGACAAUCAAACUGAAGAGAAAGAAAGUUCCUGCACAAUUAUGUAAGCCAAAUAGAAGAGAUAAUUUAAAAAAAUUAUGAAAUAUAAUGUUUUUGCAACCUCCUUCUUGUAAGUUAUAUUUGUUUUUUUAUUAUUCUAUUGUUAUCUUUGGAGGUGGGUACUGCAGUGCUGUGUUUGUCUCUUCUAUUUGGUAAAUAUACAAAACUUAAAAGUAAAGUAGUAAAGUUCUAAACAUCUAUAAAAAACCAAUUAAAAUACUAAUUUUUAUAAAUGUUCUGGUUUAAGAAAUCAGACUGCCAGUUCUCUUGUUAUACCUCUAUAUUGUGAUAUGAAGGCAUAGGGUAAUAACAAAUCUUAUAUGUAUGUAUAGUUUUAAAAGUUACACAAUGUUUGUGUAAUUUUGUAGUCAUGUUGUGUGUGAAUGCCUAGGUACAAUGUAUUAUAAGAUAAUUAUAAUAUAAUUUAUUAGUU